AUGGGUCAAAAGGCAUCGAAGCCUGACCCCAAUGUGAGGCUUCAGGUGAUUGGCUGCGGCAUGUCCCGCACUGGCACUGCGUCCUUUAGCCAGGCAUUGGAGAUUCUCCUGGGUGGACCGGUAUAUCACGGGGGUAGCCAACUGGUGGGCGCGGGAGAAGACCACAUACGCGCCUGGAUUCAUGUGUGCAAGCACACCCCCAUCGAAGACGAGUCGGACAAAAAUGCAGUUCUCCAGGGACUCACGGCCUUGUUGUCGGGUUACACGGCAGUGACAGAUAUGCCACCGAUCAUCUUCACCGAAGAAUUGGUAGAGUUGUUUCCGGAGGCCAAGGUUAUCUGCACGACACGGGACCCAGAGAGCUGGUGGAGGAGCAUGGAACGAGUCGCAUCAAAGACGGACACUGAGGCAGAACGGAAUGAGAGAGUCCUGGCUUUCCUCCUUGCGCUGUUGCCGACCAUGAGAUAUUGGAAGGCGUUUUCGGACGCGAUGAGAUACGGCCGGUUCGGAGAGCUGUUCUAUCGGUCUGGCCACAAUCACCCGCAUCCGGGACAAUACGAGGAGCAUAUGGAGUACGUGAAAAGGGUUGUCCCUCCGGAGCGCCUGUGGUUUUACGACAUCAAGGAGGGAUGGGGACCAUUGUGCAAGAUCCUCGACUGCGACGUGCCGAACGUGCCAUUUCCACGUGUCAACGAUGCGGAGGCAACGGACAGAAUCAUCAAGACUCAGAUCCAGCGAGGCAUAAUGGCGUGGACUGGUGCCGGCGCGGCUGUUGUGGUGGUGGGCAUGAGCCUGUGGCGAGCAUGGGUGGCGCGGUAG